UUUUUUUUUUUUUUUUUUUUCCGUGCUCCCUUUUUCAUGAUUGUCCCUUACUAAGUGGAUUUCUAAGCGCAUCUCCCAUUCUCAAAUGCUUCUCUUUGAAAUGAAAUUUGUGUGUUAUCGUACACCCAAUACCCCGAGUCCACUUUGUUGAGUCAAUUUUCUCAUGCUCUUUGCUUUCCAUGAAUGUGCGCUACUUUUAUUAAGAGCUUCUUGGACUUUCGAUUCAAGCGUUCUGCGGAAUAAACUAAAAGUACCUAUUCUUGUUUCCUUAUGUCUCUGACCCCCUAUCUAUUUUGGAUUAUUAUUUCUUGAUAAGUCGCUUUCUAUGAAUUUGUAUCGUAUUCGUUUAGUAUGUAUGCCUGGCCUAUGAAUGGGCCCUUGUGUCUCUACGCUCACAUGCCAAAUUCCUCUUCUGGUUUGAUAGCGGUCUUGCUUUCUCAUCUAUUCAGGGACCUUUCUUGUUUCAAGUUUAUCAAUACCUCGCUAACAAGCUUAAUGUGUCCCCGGGAUCCCGAGGCCCCUCUAUGCGUUGCAUCUCGUUGGUACUUUUUCUCAUGCUUACUUUAUGAUACCAUCGUUGAGACCAUUGUUAUCCCUCGGUCCAGAUUACGACUUUAUGCCCUGGAGUUUCGGAUAUCUUUUCUCUUUUACUGCCUUGGAUCAAUUAGUUAGCAGACAUAUGACAGCUAUCGGCAACAAGUACAAUUUUGAGAACGGCUGUUGUAUGAAUAAUGACUUGAUCUUUUUCUUCCACAGUAAUUCCCUAAGCAGUAG